CUUUGGACACCGCAGACCUAGGUGCUAUUUCAUUACUAUUUAUGUUUUUGUUUUAUAUUUUUAUUAUGUUUUUUUGGGAAAUCCAUCCAUCCAUUUUCUAUACCGUUUGUCCUCGCUGAGGUCGCAGGGAUGCUGAAGCCUGUGCCGGCUGAUUUUGGGCGAUUGGCGGGGCACACUCUGGACUGGUUGCAUUUUUAUGAAAUAUCAAAUUCAAUUCUGUGGGAGUCAAAAUAUUAUUAAAUCAAACAAAGAAAUUAGUUUUAUGCAGAUUUAAUCUGUGCUUGCUUUAUUUUCUCUAUCUCACCGAGACAAUUGGUCGCCUAGUUAUGAUAUAUGUGUGUCUUUUCGUCUAUAUCUGGAGCCUGAAGAUAUCAUCUGCAAUGUCUGGCUGAAAGAAAAGAGCAUGGGAGACCUUCACCGUCAGGUGCUACUGCCUGACAGAAUACUGGUUUAGAUCAGCAGGCAUAAAAUGCCAGCCACGGUGCAUUAACAGACUGUAGUACAGCAUUAUGCCAACAAAAGGCAAAGAUUUCAUCUCAUCGUGUCGCAUGUUCAACAAAAACUUUGAUUUUACGCCAUCCAAACUUUCUUUUAGACUGUCUUGUGACCCUUUGUGUUUCUGUUGUGAUGUUGUGAUCAACCUUUCGAAGAUGUUUUCUGAGCAAAGUUACAGAGACGGCUGCCAAAAUGAGUCCACGUGCGACCACACCGACUCACAAUGUUGUUUAAUGAAGGGGAAACAAUGCAGAUUGUUGUUUACACCAGGGUGAAGGAAGGAUGUGUACAUUAUGUGAUGGACAGGACAUCUCUUUGGACAAUUCAGACGUAACAUCUAAGUAAAUAGAGCUCUGUGAGGUCAUGUGUUCGUCAUUAAAGGACUAAUUAGAGAAGAUUUCAAGCCAUGGAGUGGCCUUUCAUUUUUUCAUGUAACCAGUUCAGUUCAUGUGCAGAAAAUUAACUAAUUGAAAUUUGUAAUUUCAACCUAGUCCAAGUUUUAAGUUUGAAGAAACAAAAUGAUUUACAAAUUCUUAUUCCUGAAAUCCAGCCUUUAGUUCUCCAGGCGGAUAGGGGGCAGUAUGGUGCGACGAACCUGAACAAAAGUGAUGGAAGUGUCGGCCCCUUUUAGAGAGCCGGUUCUUUCGGCUCGACUCACCAAAAAGAUCCGGCUAUAUCAGCUCCCAAGUGGCUCCUCAGAUGUUUUUCUUGUCUUAAAUUAAUUACCAAAUGAUGUGUAUUGUGUAAAAUGAAUUAAUAAUUUUUAAAAUGUUAAGUAUUUAAAUGUAUUUAUUUAAACCUCAAUGAACAGAUACAAAAAUAUAUCAUAACAUAAUGUCAUAUUGUACAAUACAAGGACCCAUCUCAAUAGACAAAUUGGGUCAAAAUAGGUCAAAACUCUUCAUGCAAAUUUUUUAGGAACGAAUUGGCUCAGUGUGGACACAGAGACGCUACCACACAUCUUGACCAAUGACUUUCGCCUUUAACAGAAAAAAGACGAGGAAAAUAGCAAUCGGCUCCCAAUUGACUGCCAACGACUCCUAUUCGUUCAUUUCAAAGAGCUGGCUCUUAAAGCCGAUUCGUUCGCGACCGACACAUCACUACUGCACAGGAGGACCGGUUAGCUACAGCAUGGUUCUGAGUACUGACUUUUGAGACCUUCAUUGUUUUGAAGGAUUAUUAAAGGAGUUAACACGGUAUUCCUUAGUAUAACAGAAAUAAUUAGGCACUCGCGUCCACACCCAGGGUCCACCAUGGAGCCUGUAGUGCACCAGGUUCGGAAUAAGGUCUUCCAGACCCUCCACAGAAUUGGACUGCUUUCCCGAAGGAACCAUUCUGUCUGCGCUGAGCAUUUGCAUGCACCUGCCUCUUCUUAUACUAGACAAAUGAAACCCACGCUCACGGUGUCCCGUCUUUAUCAGCCGUCAAACCUACGUGACAGCCGAAUGCAAGCGGACCUUACCUGUAAGAGCCACAGACUCAUGCUGCAGGCCGGACUCAUUUAUCCUUCCAAUCCAGGCUGCUACUACUACCUUCCUGCUACUGUGCGCUCAAUGGAGAAACUGGUGAGAGUGAUUGACCAGGAGAUGCAGCAGAUCGGUGGGCAAAAGCUGGAUAUGCCUAGUUUGUGCUCAGCUGAUCUCUGGAGAACCAGUGAGCGUUGGGACUUGAUGGGAAAGGAACUGUUCCGUCUGAAAGAUCGCCACGGUGUCGACUACUGUUUGGGUCCCACGCACGAGGAGACUGUGACCACUCUGGUGGCUCACCAGCCCACCCUGUCCUACAGACAGCUCCCUCUGCUGCUUUACCAGAUCACGCGCAAAUUCCGAGAUGAGCCGAAGCCAAGGUUUGGUCUUCUACGAGGAAGGGAGUUCUACAUGAAGGACAUGUACUCUUUUGAUGUUAGCGAGGAAGCUGCUCAUGAAACGUAUGAGUCUGUGUGCCACGCAUACACUCAGGUCUUCGCACGAUUGGGCCUGCGUUGCAUUCAAGUGCAGGCCGACACUGGGACCAUAGGCGGAAAACUCUCCCAUGAGUUCCAGUUGCCCACAGACAUUGGCGAGGACAGACUUCUCGUGUGUGGUAGCUGCUCCUUCUCGGCCAACGUAGAGACCAUGGCGUCGGACAGAAGUGACUGCCCACAGUGCAAAACUGGUAAACUCAUUGAGUCUAAAGGCAUUGAGGUCGGCCACACUUUUUACCUAGGCAAAAAGUACUCUCAAGUGUUCAAUGCCACCUUCAGCAAUGCCCAGAACAAGUCGAGUGUUUCGGAAAUGGGCUGCUAUGGCCUCGGAGUGACACGUAUUCUUGCUGCAGCCAUAGAGGUGAUGUCGACAGAUGAAUGCAUCCGCUGGCCAGGUCUUCUAGCCCCUUACCAGGUGUGUGUUUUACCCCCGAAGAAGGGCAGCAAGGCUGAUGAGGCGACAGCUGUGGCAGAAGAGCUACUUCACACUUUAGGAGAGACUUUGCCACAUUUGAGAGGCGAAGUUGUUCUUGAUGACCGCACCCAGUUGACCAUUGGGAAAAGGCUGAAGGACGCCACCCGACUGGGUUACCCAUACGUCAUUGUGGUUGGACAGGGAGCGCUAGAGGACAUACCCAAGUUUGAGGUGAUCUGUCAGCAAACCGAUGAGACAUUGUUUCUUCCUAAAGAUGAACUCUUACAACUUUUGGCAAAACUGGAAACCAUUUGAUUUGAAAAUGAGGUCUAAAUUAUAUUUUAAUGUUCAAUUAAUCAACUGCUUCGAAGUGUGGUGUGAUAAUGAUGGUAGCAGGGGUUAAAAUAAUGUUUGUGUGGUAUUAGAGAUCUGACUGGACAAUUAUCUACCAUCUAUGCAUUCACUAUACAGUUACAUAUGCACAUACGGUGUUGUGCAGGUGUACAUUUUUUAUACUCAGUGAUUUUAAACCAUGUAAAAUGAUCAAAAACAUUUGUUCAUGUCCUUUUCCGUUACGUAUCAAGGACUCCUGGGCCCGUAUUCCCAACGCGAAAGAGGAAAGGAGUAGACUCUCCGAAAGCAAAAUUACAGUGAUUUAAUAACAUACUACCGUCUCGAUCGUGCAGGGAUGUUUGUGAUGGACCUCAUUAGGCAUGAGCUUACCAGUCCCACCCAGCGUAGUAGCGCUAUAACGCCUGAGAUGUAAGUCAGCACAACAUUGCGAUAGCUGGCCACAGGAAAAAUAUAUAUUUUUUUGUUUUGCAAAAGAAGGCCAAAAUCAUCCAACAUGCUGAGAAGUUUUCUCUAUUAAAACAGCCUACACGUCAGCUUUAUUUUAUUAGUGUCAACAUUUGAACUUUUUCCUUUUUGGUCUUUUUUUUUUUUCCUAUUUUUGUUUGUAUUUGUAGAAUGUGUCAUGUUUCAAUAAAACAUUAGUUUGUGCAAAAAUAGCUAAACAAAAGCAAAAUCUACUAUUGCACUUAUUCAUAUCCUUUGGUGUAUUGCUCCCUACGCCCUCUUGUGUCCAAUAACUUCCAUCCCUAAAUGUGUAAAUUAUACCGAUACUGUUUAUUGUCGACAUUCGGAUCUCCCUCUAAUAACAUCAAUGUUGUUCCUCAUAGAAGAUACAAGGCAAUGUGAUUCAUUGCUAAAUUGAAUUCCAGUGGAGCAGUUCCACUCAGAAGAUGUAAGAUGGUGUCAGUACAGCAGUUCCACUCAGAAGAUGUUAGAUGGUGUUGUAAUCACAACUUAAAUUACAUUACUCAUAAAUUAUUUUUAUUAUUCAGGACAUACUGGAUUUUUAUUUUCUGUAGCACCACUCACUGCCGAAGGAACAAUAUGUGAUUGGGAGACAGUGCUGUAUACUAAAUUGUGUGGUUGCAAAUUGUCAUAAGCUAAAUAAAAAUA